CGAAUCUACACUACUUGCCCCUUGCCGUUGCAGCCCUCGGAGCCGCAAUGUCGUCUUGUUACCCGUUCGUAAAACGGAAUACACCAUUUUACAAAAGGGGAAUGACAGUUCUUUAAAUUAUGCCUAAACUACUACGUUACUGUCAUAAAUAGAUAUUCGCACUACAUGUUAGAAUUAUUUUUAUUACAUUAUUGUAAUGAAUAAUGUUUCUCACAUAUAGUUUGUUUUUAAGGAGGUUAGUCAAAUAUUCAGUGUUACGUCUCCCCUUCUUGUCCGUGGCUGAAGUCGAUAUGUGCUCAGCUGUAUGAACAACGCAAGUGUUUUAAGGUCAUUAUCAAGAUGCAUGUACUGCUUCUCAAAGAGCCAAGAGAUGGAGAGUCUGGACCUGAUCCUUACAUCAAGGAGCUGGCGUCACAUGGUCAUAAAGCCACCUUAAUCCCUGUGCUGUCUUUUAAGUUUGUCUCAUUAAACACCUUGUCAGAUAAGCUUUUCCAACCAGAAAAACAUGGAGGUCUUAUAUUUACUAGUCCCAGGGCAGUGGAGGCUGUGAAGAUGUGCUUAGAAGCAGACGGAAGAAGGGAAGAGUGGAACAGCUCUGUGAAAGACAAAUGGAACGCCAAGUCCAUCUAUGUGGUUGGGAAGGCAACUGCUGCAUUAGUACGAAAUCUGGGUCUGAACCCUUUGGGUGAGGACACGGGGACAGCAGAGGUCUUAUCACGUGUUAUCAUUGAACGAGAGGACACAAAUAUUCCCCCCCUUUUUUUCCCCUGUGGCUCAAUCAAAAGAGAAGUCUUGCCCACAGCUUUAAGGGAAAGUGGAGUGCCCCUCGAGACACUGACUGUCUAUCAAACAGCUGAACAUCCAGACCUGGAGAAGAAUUUAAAGAACUAUUUCACAGAGCAGGGCACUCCAGCCAGCAUAGCUUUCUUCAGUCCAUCAGGAGUGAAGUUUUGCCUAGAGGUGGUACGCAGGCUGUCAGGUCAACACCUGACUCAAAUGAAGUUUGCGGCCAUAGGGCCUACAACACAAGACGCAAUGAUCGCAGAAGGCUUGUGUGUCAGCUGUACAGCAGAAAAGCCAACAGCUGAACACCUGGCAGCAGUGAUAGCCAAAGCUCUACAGUAACCAGCCACCACCACCACCACCAUCCACUUUGUCUUCUGUCUUUGUAUAGUCUGUAUUAUUUAAACAUUUUUUUUACCUCCGCCAAGGACGUAAUGUUUUCAA